GCUUGUUCCUGUGUUUGCUACAGCAGCGGAGCUCUUUGGGCCCCUGGCUGCGUCCUAACAAUGCCAGUGGGUCGCCGCACAGCGCGGUCAGUGGGACAGUCAAAGCACGCCGCCCCUUUCGCGCCGGCACGUCACUCUCUUAACCAGGCGUUAUGAAUGGGAAAGCCGCUUUUGUCUGUCCCCGCGUAUAAAUACGCGCCAUGAGUGUCCUCUUCGUGCGCACACGGAGAGAGAGAAAGUCGGCAGCCACAUAAGCAAAGCGGCUACUGCAGAGCGGGACAGGACGCACGCAGGCGACAUCAGGCGUUCAGAGCGAGUAGAAAGGCUCAGGAAAACAGAGGGAGAGACCGACUGGCGGAGUGACACGAGAGAGGGGAGGGAGAGGAGAGGAGAGAGGGAGGAAGCCGGCAGCGACCUCCUACCCGACAACCUCGGAAGCAAACCCAUAAAAUGAAUUCAGACUCCAGCCCGAGCAGCAGAGCUUCUUCCCCGGACAUGGACGGCAUGUUUCUUCGAGACCACCAUCCGCACCACCACCACCACCACCACCACCUCCACCAGCACGUCGGCUCGUCCGUCACCUCCUCCACGCAGAGCGGCGAGCAGCAGAGCCAAAAGAUAACCGAGCACCUGCGCGCAGUUGACGCAAAGUCCGCGUUGGUGGGAAGCAGCAGCAGCAGUAGUAGUAGCAGCAGCAGCAGCAGCAACAAGUACAAACUGAAGAAGCAGGUCACCGAGGAGGAAAUGUACCAACUGAGACUCAAGAUCAACGGCCGGGAGCGGAAGCGCAUGCACGACCUCAACCUGGCCAUGGACGGGCUGCGCGAGGUGAUGCCGUACGCGCACGGGCCGUCGGUGCGGAAGCUCUCCAAGAUCGCCACGCUGCUGCUGGCCAGGAACUACAUCCUGAUGCUCACCAGCUCCCUGGACGAGAUGAAGCGGCUGGUGGGAGAGAUUUACGGCGGGCAGCACUCGGCCUUCCACUGCGGGACCGUGGCGCACGGGGCCGGCGCGAGCGGACACUCGGCGGUCCCGGCCGCGGCCGCCGCGGCAGCCGCCGCCGCCGCCGCCGCCGCGCACCAGGUGCACCCUCUCCUCGGCGGCGCGCUGACCUCCUCCACGUCCUCCACGCUGUCCAGCGCGCUGCCCGGACUCACGUCCAUCAGGGCGCCCCACGCGCUGAUGAAGGGCUCCCCGGCGGCGCCCCCGGCGCUGCAGCUGGGCUCCGGCUUCCAGCACUGGGCCGGCCUGCCCUGCCCCUGCACCAUCUGCCAGGUGCCUCCUCCUCCGCACAUCCCCAUCACCUCCACGGGCUUGACGAGACUCACGGGGGAGGGGAAGGACGGCCUGAAAUGAUGUCCGACACCCAGCAGAGACUGGACGAUGAUCUGACGUCUUGUACAUAAAGAAAUCAGGGCAUGGGAUGCAUGUUGUCGUUUAGUUUGUUUUCUUGAUAAACGUAUAUAAGAGAAAAAUAAAUUUAACCUCCUUGUAACAAGGACAUAUAAAGACUGACUCUUGGUUUUUCACCCCUCGCAGGUGAAAAAGCGCAACAGGACGCCAUGUUCCUCCUGUGUUUGGCUGAACUUAGUUUUCACGGCACAUUGUGACAAGUGGCGGAGGCUGCUUGCACGUUAUGGUUUUGGUUUCGCAUCAGGCGUCAUUUUGUGAAAAACGAAGAAAGCUUCCCGUGCCUUGUACCAAGGAGUUUAUACACUUACACGAGAGUUAAGAGAUUCAUGGGGUUUGGCUGAAACGAGUUGGAGUGAAAGAUCCAUUUCAGCAGUGUGGCAUAUUUCUUGUCUGGUUGUGCAACAGUUCUGUUUUUUUUUCUUCCCUUUCUAUAUAUAUAUAU